ACACAUCCGGUCGAGUGCAGCCUCCCAUGCAACCUAUUCCUCCCGGUCCAAAAGAUUCCCAUCGAUCCCCUCCUUAGCAAACCAUCACGUAGCUCCCGAUCCGCUCUCUCAAUUUCCCCACCGAGCCAACCAACACCGUUCCCUCAAUCCAAAAUCUCAUGGCCUCGUCCUGAUCCAGAGCAGUCGCACCCGUCGUACUUGCCUGCGAGCAGCCCGCCAUCCGAUUCGGGCCGCGCUUCCACCGCAGCUCCUCCCAUCCGCCCUAGGAGCUCGCACCCCCCGUCAGGUGCAUGCAUGAGCUCGACCACGAGCGACCAGGAGCGGCACUGCCAUGGCCGACCCCAAGCAGUAGCUGCGCUCGAGGCUGUCUCGUUCGUUGCCCGCGUCACCAAGUCCCUCGACAUGCCCAAGACGGAGCUCGCCUUCGCCGGUCACGGGCAGCAGCAGCUGCGAGUCCGCGCCAUCAAUAGCUCCCGCGACCAGAAGUUGAGCACAGCUAGACGGAGCACCUGUAGGUCCACGGCCAUGCCCCUGCGACCUCCUUUCUCCAUUUCUCCUCCUCCCUUCCCCUAUCGCUUCUCUUUAUCCCUCUCACCCCUGAUUUCUCUCAACGAGGCCCCCGCAUCGCUUGAAGUGGCCGUAGCCACCAGCUGCAGCCAAUCCGGCCAGAACGGGUCCGAAUCGAUCCCUACACCCAGAUCUGCCGCUAUGUCGCCUCGUCUCCGCCCCCAGCCUUGCCGGAGAUCGCGUCUGGCACCAGUCAGAUCCUGCCAAGCCGUCGUUGGGCCUCAACCUUUCCCGCGCGCUUGCAGGACCAGCGCCGCCGGCCAACUACGCCGCCACCGCAUCACGUGCACGACCGGUGCUGCCUCGCCGGAGGCCGGAGCCCCCAUCGCCGGCCUCCAUCUCUCCUCCGUGCGACACAGGUGGUCGCACACGUUGAAGAGGCGUCAUACAGGGCGGUGCGUCCCGAGCUUCCCGCCGCAUUGGUAGACCACCACCGGUGCGCUACCUCUGCUGGUACUUCUAUGAAAUUAAUUUCAAUUGAGCAAGAAACAGAGAAAGGAAGAAAAAAAAGUGUGGAUCUGCAGUGAAUGGCAAAACAGAGAAAGCAAUAGUGUGGUUCAGUGAGAUCAUUCAGUUCUUUACUCCUUUUGUGAAAUUAAGCAGUGGAUCAACAAUAGUCUGUUUCAAAUUGAUAUGUAAAGGCAGAAAGCGGUUGUGCUCCAUAGUGAACACGUGAUCCAUGGUUGAUCAAGUUCAGAGCCUUUAUUUCGAAUUGAGGGGCAAAGUUAGAGCAUCA